AUGGUUAGAAAACACGGAUGGCAACUACCAGCUCACACCUUACAGGUUAUUGCUAUCACCGUGUUUUGCAUCUUAGUCGUUGCAUUUUAUGCUUUCUUUGCUCCUUUCCUUGGAGGCCAGAUCUGGGAGUAUGCUCUCAUUGCUGCCUAUUCUCCAGUGGCACUCCUUGUUUUCAUUCUUUAUGUUCGCUGUACUGCCAUUAACCCAGCAGAUCCUGGUAUCAUGUCAAAAUUUGAUCCCGAGCUAACAAAGAAAGCAAAGGAAAAGCACAGAUCACUUGCACAGGGUCUGCCAAUAAAAUUUGAUGAAAUGAGUAAUGGGGCUCAUUCUCCUUUAUCGUCGGCUUCAAGAAGUUCUAGAGCAGGAGCUAACUCGAGUAAGAGAGGUUCGGUUGAGUCUAUGAGAACCACUAGUCAAGCUAUAUCUCCAAGAAGGAAGUCAUCUUGCCAUAAUUUUGGAGGAAUAGUCUGUGUGAUGUUUGUACAUGAAGAUUGCUGCAAAUCAAAUGAGGCAGCUGAACAGGAAGGCACAGGUGAAGAUGCCUUGUUCUGCACGUUGUGCAAUGCUGAGGUAUGCAAGUUCAGUAAACAUUGUAGAAGCUGCGACAAGUGUGUGGAUGGAUUCGAUCACCAUUGUAAGUGGUUGAACAAUUGUGUUGGGCGAAAAAAUUAUGCAACAUUUAUAUCACUGAUGGCUAUCAGUCUUUUAUGGGUUGUUAUGGAAGCUGGAGUUGGAAUUGCUGUUGUAGUUCGUUGCUUCGUUCAUAAGAAGAGCAUGGAGGCUGAAAUAGUUGAUAGACUAGGAAAUGGUUUCUCUCAUGCCCCAUUUGCAGCUGUUGCGAUUGUAUGUACAGCAGUGUCUUUAUUGGCUUGCAUACCCUUGGGUGAACUUCUCUUUUUCCAUUUGAUACUGAUUAGAAAGGGAAUAACAACUUAUGAAUAUGUUGUGGCAAUGAGGGCCAUGAGCGAGGCACCUGCUGGAGCAUCUAUGGAUUUGGAACUCCCUAAUAUUACAUACUCUCCGUCGGGUUCUGCUACUACCGGCUUCAGUGGUGGAAGUUCAUUGGGCCUGCAGUAUAAAGGAACAUGGUGUACCCCUCCUAGGGUGUUUGUUGAUUAUCAGGAAGAAGUUGCACCUCAGCUGGGACCUGGAAUGGUACCAUCUACAGUCGAUCCAGAUGCUGCUGGAUUUGGUGAAAAGGAAAACAGAGCACCGAAAAGACAAGUUCGUAUCAGUGCAUGGAAGCUUGCAAAACUAGAUUCCAGCGAGGCCAUGAAAGCAGCUGCAAAAGCGAGGGCAUCGUCCUCUGUAUUGCGUCCUGUUGAUAACAAUCGUGUGCUGGAUUCUGAAUUAAGUUCCAGUGAGAACGCGAGUGUUAGAAGCAGCUUGAGCACUGAAACUGGAGGAAACAAGAACUUUAGGAACGAGUUGAAACUCUCUCCUUCGAGAAAUUUUCACGCUCCAAGUCAAGGCAGCCUUGAUGAAUAUGAAACUGGCACCCAAAGUGUGAGUAGCUUCAGCAGUCCCAGCCAUGUUCACGAAUCAGUCACGCUAAGUCCCCUUCCUCAAGCUCAUGGUUUGAGCCACUUCGUUACUACUAAUUCCGCACCACAAGGUUUGGUUCCUGAUCGCCCUGUAACCUCAAGAACCGUUCUCCCAGGUAACAAUCCUCCAGUGUUGCACACUUCAUUAGGGUUCGAUGAAAAGAUCAUGCAAAAGGGUAGCGCUGUGGACCCAUUACUACUCUCUGCUCCUGCCCCAGCUCCAGCUCUGGGUCUGGGUUUGGGUUUGGGUCCAACAACUUCUCUCCUCAGAGAUGUUAAAAGGACAUCUGUGGUUUGGGACCAAGAAGCUGGAAGGUACGUCUCUGUUCCAGUGUCAGCUUCAGAAGCCCGGAGAAAAUCAUCUUUACAAGCAGGAGUAUUAAACCCUAAUACAACACGGAGUAAUUAUGAUAAGAGGCCUGCAGUUCCUCGGGAUCCUUUGCAGCCACCUGUAGUAAAGCCUCCAGUCCAGCAGUCGGAGAAGCUAAUGUACACCGGGGAGUCAAUCUUCUUUGGUGGCCCACUCUUGAGCGCUCCAAUUAGGGAUGUUCCGAGAGCUGAGACAGGCUCAAGUUCAAGAGAUGGCCAAAAUAGGUUGCAUUUAAGUUUGCCUCGAGAAACGAGAUUCAAGAGGGACUCUACCUCAAACCAGCUUCCAGUCUUUGUUCCUGGGGAUUUUGAACCGAAUUUUCCAUCUGGAUCAGGUCUGAAGUAG